CAGUUUUCAUCCAUCACUUCUCUUCUUCUCUCUCUCUUUGAUUUCAAUCGUUCUUCAAACCCUCGUUUCAUCCAUCUCUUUCUUCUGAUCAUAAUCAUGUCCGCAGAGAUCAAGACCCAUUCUUACGCUUUCCCCGCCAAGAAGCGAACUGGGAAAGAUGAUCAGUUUGACGGCGAGGACCACAUGAUGACUAGGAAAAAAAUGUCGGCCAAACAAGCGUGGGAGGAUCCUGCCGCUGCGCUAGCCAGCGCUCGACACGAGUUCGGCGAGCACGGCGGCGUCAACAUGUCGAUCGAGGCUUCCGCCACCUUCACCGUCAUGGAGCCAGACACCAUGCGCCGGAUGUUCGCUGGCGAGCUUGGUCCCGACCGAGACUUUUUCAUCUACAGUCGUCAUUUUAACCCGACCGUCCUUAACCUUGGCCGACAAAUGGCCGCACUCGAAGGAACCGAAGCCGCCUAUUGCACUGCCAGCGGUAUGUCUGCGAUAUCAUCGGUGAUGAUGCAGCUCUGCAGCAGCGGAGGACACGUGGUGGCGUCGAGAACUCUAUACGGUGGGACCCACGCGCUGUUAACGCACUUUCUGCCGAGAGCUUGCAACAUAACGACGUCGUUCGUGGACAUAGGCGAUCACGAGAUGGUGAAGAACGCCAUUAUUGAGGGUAGGACGAAGGUUCUGUACUUCGAGUCUAUGUCCAACCCUACCCUUACCGUCGCUGACGUGCCGGCUCUCAGUCGGAUAGCACACGAAAAGAGUGUCGCCGUUGUGGUGGAUAACACUUUUGCUCCCAUGGUGUUGUCUCCUGCGAGGCUGGGUGCUGACGUGGUAGUCCACAGCAUCUCAAAGUUCAUCAGCGGUGGGGCCGAUAUCAUUGCAGGAGCAAUAUGUGGGCCUGAGGAGUUAGUGAAUUCAAUGAUGGAUCUUCACCAGGGAGCUCUUAUGCUUUUAGGACCGACAAUGAAUGCAAAAGUGGCAUUUGAACUAUCAGAGAGGCUUCCUCACUUAGGGUUGAGAAUGAAGGAGCAUUCCGAGAGGGCCUUGGUAUAUGCAACCAAAAUAAAAAAACUAGGUCUAAAGGUUAUAUACCCUGGACUUGAGGACCACCCACAACAUGAUCUCUUAAAAUCAUUGGCAAAUAAAGGCUAUGGUUUUGGCGGACUCUUAUGCAUUGAUAUGGAAACUGAGGAAAGAGCAAACCGAUUGAUGAACCAUUUGCAAAACUACACACAAUUUGGGUUCAUGGCAGUCAGUUUGGGGUAUUAUGAGACAUUGAUGUCUUGCUCUGGUAGUAGUACUAGUAGCGAAAUGAAUGCACAAGAAAAGUCCCUUGCUGGAAUUUCUCCGGGUCUAGUUCGAAUGUCAAUCGGCUAUAUUGGCACGUUGGAGCAGAAAUGGAGCCAAUUUGAGAAAGCAUUAUCAAGGAUGCAGGAGAUAGGGUUGAUCAAGAAUUAAUCUUUAUCUCUUAUUGUUCCAAGAUGUUUAAUUAUGAAAAUAAUGUAAAUAUUGCAUACUUCCGUCAUCGAAUGCUUGAUGUUGAAUGUUAUAGCGUUUGUCUUUUGGGGAUAUGAAUGAAUCUUAAUUUAGAGUAAA